AUGCACAAGCUUUACAUUGGGAAUCUAGGCGACACCGUUACUGCCGAGGAUUUAGGGAAAACCUUUGACGAUCACAAGAUCGCCUACUCUGGACAGUUUCUCAUGAAGACCGGUUAUGCCUUUGUGGACUGUCCCGAUGACCAGUGUGCCAUGAAGGCGAUCGAGACCAUUUCUGGUAAAGAACUCCAUGGAAAACGUAUUGAGGUUGAGCACUCUGUCCCAAAGAAACAAAGCUUGGUUGUGUUUCUAAAAGAGUCACAUGUGACAGAGUGGUGCUGUGGUCGUGCGGCCGCAGUGCACACGUUUACACGGCGACAUCAUGAAGAAGCUGCAGAGAAAGCUGCAGGAAGCUACAGGCUGAGACUGGCCCCUCCCCCGUCCUUCCCUCUCUGGGCUCAGAUGGGUGUGUGCAGCUGGGGGUGUGCCAUAUCACAGGCACCGCACGCCUCACGUGGUCCGCACCUCCCUGAGCCCGGCCACUUACGGAGAAAGCAGAAGGUACGCCUCCUGCCGGGGCGGGCCGAGCCACUGCCGUUAUGUGGCAGGUCGGACAGAGAUGAGUUUGGCCCAAACCGUUCUAUUAAAGUGUGUGAAGUGUGUGGGGGUGGAAUCCCCUAUAGCUCAGUGUUUCAGAGCAACACAUGA